UUUUUUUUUUGAUUCCCGAUUCUUGUCUAAUUUUUUUUCUUUUUUUCUCUCAUAUAUACUAUUCAAUAUCAUAGUAUGACUGGUUCCUCUUUACCAUCAUCAAAAGAUGAAAAACAAAAUACGAAAACACAAACAAAUUUAACUACUAAUCCUCCACGUUGGAAUACACCAGAAUUUUACUUUUAUUAUCUAUGCUUUAUUAUCAUUGUACCUUACAUGUUUUACAUAGCUCAUAGUGUGAGCAAAGAAACCAAUCCACAUUACCCAGAAUACGCGUCAAGGUUAUCUGAUGGUUGGAUCUUUGGAAGAAAAGUGGAUAAUAGUGAUGCUCAAUACGCUCAUUUUCGAGACAAUUUACCCAAGCUUCUCCUUCUAUCUAUUUUAUUUGUUGGUUUCAAUCGAUUAAUGUCAGUUUUUACCAAAGGAACAGUCAAAGGACGGUUACAGUUACUCUCCUUUACUUCAUUGAUUGUUGUUGUUGGUCUUCAUGGAACAAGUGCUAUCAAGAUUUUAAUCAUCAUUUCUACAAGUUAUUUAAUUGGCAGAUUUACAGGUGGUUCCAAGUUGAAUCCAAUCUUAUCAUGGGCCUUUAAUUUAGGAAUUUUAUUUUUAAAUGAAGCUCAUAAUGGUUAUACUUUUACUAGUAUUCACUCACAAUUGGACUGGUUGGAUGAAUACCCUGGUAUCUCACCUAGAUGGCAUAUCUUAUUCAACUUUGUCAUGUUACGACUUAUUUCUUAUAAUAUGGAUUACUAUUGGCAAAUCAAGAAACCUCGAUUGGAAUACAAGAAGAACGACGAUGAUUUGACAACUGUAGCACUCUCAGAUAGAGAUCGAAUUGACAUACCAUGCAAUUCCUCAGAUUACAACUACAUCUACUUUUUAGCCUAUGUUUUAUAUACCCCUCUUUAUAUGUGUGGACCUAUUCUUACUUACAAUGACUUUAUAUCUCAGUUGUAUAUCCCUUCUCCACAUGUUACUCGAAGAUUUGUGACCAUCUAUGGAUUACGACUAGUAGGUGUUAUCUUAGUAAUGGAAUGGACUUUGCAUUAUAUUUAUGUUGUGGCUAUCAGUAAAGAAAGGGCAUGGGAUGGUGAUACUCCACUUGAACUCAGUAUGAUAGGUUACUUCAAUCUGGUGAUUAUUUGGAUGAAACUCUUGAUUCUUUGGCGAUUCUUCCGACUUUGGGCUUUGGUAGAUGGUAUUUGGACAGAAGAAAAUAUGGUACGAUGCAUGAGUAACAACUUUUCAGCACAAAGGUUUUGGAAGAGUUGGCAUCGUACAUUCAAUCGUUGGCUUAUUCGAUAUGUAUAUAUUCCCUUGGGUGGUGCCAAAUACUUUAUGUUCAACAUGUGGAUUGUGUUUACCUUUGUAGCAUUAUGGCAUGACAUUGAAUUGAAAUUACUGGCCUGGGGAUGGUUAAUUUGUCUUUUCUUAUUACCGGAAAUCAUCGCAUCACAGCUCUUUAGUUACAAAAAGUUUGGUCACAAAUGGUAUUAUCGUUUUGUUUGUGGUAUUGGUGCUGUAGGUAAUAUCUUGAUGAUGAUGAUCGCUAAUCUUGUUGGAUUCUGUGUUGGUUUGGAUGGCAUGAAGGAUAUGUUGGUACAAAUCUUUGGGACUGUGGAUGGCUUGAUAUAUCUGUUCUCAGUGAUUUGUACCUUAUUUGUUGGUGUACAAGUGAUGUUUGAAAUCCGAGAAUCUGAAAAACGCCGUGGUGACAAGCGAUACCUCAUGUAGUUAUAGAAUCAUAUUAUAGUAUUCCAGGUGGGUGAUGAUGAUCAUCUUUUUUUUUUUUAAGAAUAAUAAAGAUGCUAUCCUUGUUGGGAUAUCAUGAUGACAAAAUA